CCAUCCCAUGCACUGUCCUUUCGACACAAAGGCUUGCGUCGUCGUCACUCUUGCACCUUUUUCUCUGCGUCGCACAUCGUCAAAGUUCUCGAUGUUUUAGUACAACCAUUCAACGAGUCAAUCGGCCCCGUCAGUCAGUCAGUCUUGAAAAAUGUGCGAAGCGGAUUCCAUCAUCAUCGGUGUUUCCGUGUGAAUGUGUGGCAAUAAUAAAAGAGCAAAUUGGUGAAGUGCUUUGCCGACGUUUGGAUCCCAACAAUUUACCAAAUUGAUUUCGGUUUUUCGUUCCGUUUCAGUUUAGUUUAGAAUCUCUUCCCGACAGAUGAUCCGGACUCACCUUCUCACCCAUCAUGUUCUCCAAUAGAAACUACAAAAUCCUAACCUACAUCUUUGGUUGCAUUCACAUCUUUUUGGUUCUGAUCGUGCUCAGUCAAGGGGCUGUUCCCAUCGUUACGGAUUGGAUUGCAGCGAUAUCGAUCAUUACACCAUGUGCCUUAAACAUCGUUUUCACACUGUUUUGGAUGAUUGGAACGGGAUUGAGACGACCGUCAAUGAUUGAUCUGUUCAAGUACUUCACCUACGCCCAAAUGGUGCUGAUAGCUGCUCUAACCAUUGGUUUCAUCGUGCAGUGCUUCUUGAAUGGAGGCCAGUUCCAUCUGUACAUUAUGAUAUUCAUAGUUCUUUCGCUUUUUGUUCUAUCAAUGAUCGAGAUCUUCGUGGCCAUUGGAGCGCAGCGAGCAGUGAUGGAGGAACUGUUGGGAUCCCGCAUGAGAGCCGUCGAGAUGACUGAGUGGAAUAGUUGAAGUUAGCCCUUCGGAGCCUGGGUUACGCACAGCAUUUAUACAGUUGAGAUUUAAUUUAUUUUCCGAGACAAUUGUUCUAACAGAUGCAUGACCAACGAAACUGAAAGCUUUAACAAACUUUGCGUGUGUGCUUUGUCACGUAUUGACGUAUGCCUUUAAGCAGCUGCCUUCACAUAAAGCAACAAAUAUAUUUUGUGAUACGAA